AUGUUGUCUCCUGUAUCGGUCGGCACCUUCUCGCGCAAGAACAACGCGUUCGGGUCGUCCACUUUGAGCUGGAGUGGCGAUUUCCCCGAUGGACGUUCGGUGUUUGGUCCACGUGACGGCGUCUUCGUUACCUUCAAGCUCCAACUGUCGUUCUACCAGACACGCCACAUCGAGCUGCAUGCAGACGUCGUGGCAUCACCGAAGGCCAUGUCAAGAGCUGCUAGUUUCGCCUAG